AGGGGCUGCUAGGGAGCUGCAGAGCUGGGAGGUUGCAUGUCCGGCUGACUGAUAGGAUCCUGCUGUCCCUGCCAUUACUAUCUGCAGAGCUGCCUUCCUGUCAUUCCGCCUGAGUGCCCUGUUUACCCAAGCAAACAGCUGCUUUGUAGCAGCCACAACGAGCCUAAUAAGGAAUUGCAUUUGCCAAGCAGUUGGUGCCCCUUAUCUAGAAAGAAGAAGCGGCACCUGUAUCUUCCCCCACUGUCUCUGCGUUGGAUUGACAGUCGCAUGGUCUAUUUCGGUUGCUGUUCAGUCGCACGGUAGACAGUCGCUGCACAACACACGCACACACGAGGCUCCAGGUAUCUGCUGCCAUGAAAGCUGUCAGUCCAGUGCGCCCGCAGAGUCGGAAAGCCCAAGUGCCGUCUGUGUGCGGGGAGCUGGCGCUGCAUUGCCUGUCUGAGCACAGCCUCGGGGUAGCUCGCUACAAGAUGGAAGAAGAGGAGACCCUGUGCCUGCAGUAUGAUAUGAAUGACUGUUACAGCCGGCUCAAGAGGCUCGUGCCCACCAUUCCACCCAACAAGAAAGUCAGCAAAGUGGAAAUCCUGCAGCAUGUUAUUGACUAUAUCUUGGAUCUGCAGUUGGCGUUAGACACGCACCCAGUGCUGCUCAGGCAACAGCCACCUACCAGGACCCCUCUUACGGACCUCAAUACUGACCCGGCUGCCUUAGUGGUGAACAAGCAAGGAGACAGUAUUUUGUGCCGUUAAACCAUUUUUGAGGUGUGCAGCAGGCGAAUCCAGAGCCAGAAGAGGAGAGAGACAAAUUAGAGAAAUAAGGGAGGGGAAGGAAAAGCAGACAAAAGAGGGAAAAAAGCAACGUACACAUCACUUUCUUACACCACGAAGAAUAUAUUCCUAUGCCAUUUGCUCAUACCAGUGAACACUUUCCCUCGUAUUUUCCUCUAUCAUCCAACUUGAUUUAAUUUCUUACCUUUUUUUGUUUGUUGUGAAGAAUUAUGGAAAUGCGGAAGAGUCAGAUAUACAAUGUACCUGGGAGGGGGCAGUUUAGAGGGCUAGAGAGAGAGAGAGAAUAUGCUAUAAUAUGAAGAACUGAAUAUUGAAGCUUUACUAAUAUACCAGAGCUUUGUAGAUAAUUUUUUUUACAUCUAUUGUUUAAAAUAGAUGAUUUUAUUGGUUCAGGGAAUUUUUCUUCCCUGCAGGAAUGUUACAUAUUGUAUAGAGAAAUCCGAGUGACAUUUCAUACUAUGUAUAUAUAGAGAUGUUCUAUAAGUGUAAGUGAUAAAGUAUAUGCUUUAAUAGACUACUGUAAUUAUGAAGUAUUUUUAAUUAAAUAUUUUGUGUAAAUAUAAGUUUGUGUUUUUUUAAUCUCCUGGGGGUUCCAUUCCUAUAGGUAUAAGAAAAUAAACAGCGAUUUAUUGAGAAUUUGCUAAAAUCAAUCAUUUGCUGUCGAUGCCCUUCCGCCCAGAAGUAAAGAGCCUAUUUUAUUUUAUUUUUAACUUUCUCGUUAACCCCAUCUUUGCAUGAUUGCCUGGUGCAUUUUAAUUGGACAUUUAAUUGUCCAUCUUGGAACAUUACACAAAAACACUUUUGUUCCCUAAAGUAAAAAAGUAUAUGUAAUUGGAUUGUGUUACGGAAGCAUUUUUCAAAUCCUAAAGGCUACACGGUUUUUCGGUGCAGUUGUGAUGUGUACAAGCAUGGGAGCUAUUAUACGGAAACCAUUUAUCCAGAAAGGUCAGAAAUAUGGCAGAUAAUGUUUCAUUUCUAGAUUUUACUGAUUUUAUAAUAAUACAGUACUUUGUACUUGAUGCUUUUUAUGCGAACAUUAAAGCAUGCUGAUGGCACAACAAUCAAAAUAGGGCUUUUUAAUUUUUUUAUAGCCGUCAGACAACAUGAUCUUCAUAACAGGUCCUAAGUAUUGUAUCCAAUCCUAUUUGUGUACUUUACCCUUUUCAUGUAUAAAUGUAUUGCUAUCAGUGGAUUUAAAAUGUAAGAAAGGAAAGUACCCUCUCUCUUAUCUGUAAUAUUGCAAUUCCUUUCCUGAUGGCUUUAUCGCCACCAAAUAUCCUUUUACUUUAGAUCAUUUUUAUUAUCUGAGACUGAAUAAACAGCUCUAGCAUCGGUAGGUGUAUUAAGACUAAUUCAGUGUUUAAGCCUGAUGAACUGUCGUCAUUUUUAAAAAGACCAACUUUGGCAGUAAGAAUGAUCACAGUUUUUCCUUUAUGCAGGUAUGACAUAAAUAUGGAAUUUUUGAGUUGUUUUUGGAUAUAGGGUCUUUCCAUAAUGUGGAAAGAUACAAACUAAUCCAUAGGAUUGUUUUGCCACCCGCUUGAAUUGAUAUCAGUUUAGUUAGAUAUUAGAUACUGUCUUUUAUGAGACGAAGCUUAUAACUCAGUACUGUAUAUAAAAAAAAAUAUUUUACAGCAUUCUGGUUAACAGGUUUCCAGAUAACACAUCCUAUGCCUGUUUCAAAAUUCUAGGGUAUAUUCACGGUUAGUAUUUUAAAGAUUGUUAAAAGAAAUCAUUUACCGCCACCCAGUUCUAUUGCUGCAAAAACUGUUUCUUGCUCUGAUCCUCUGAUAACCCUCGUGUUUCUCUGUUUCCCAUUUAGCAAUGUGUAUAGGAAUCUCAUUUUUGUUUAGACAUUCAAAUGAUAUGCCCCCUAUUUGCAGGCUGUUUAAGCUAGACGAUGAACUUAUGAUGUUAUCUGUAUGAUUAAAAAUAAAAGGCACCAUCCCAUGCAUUGAUGGCAAAGUCAAGAUGAAAUGUUGUAGUGGGAGGUUCACUCACUUAUUAACUGUUCUGACUACUGUUAUCUCAUGCACUUUGACAUAUGAGUAUUAAAAUUAAAUUUUUACUUG